UUUCCGGACCCGCAGAACCGGACGAGUUUUCGGUCGUCGCGGUGCGGUGCAGUCGCGGUGCGGUGGUGGUCCACGACACCCGUUAUCGACUUUUACGCGAGUCCCAAAACAUUACGCACGCUCACACACACGCGCACGCACGCACACACAGUCACACGGGGCGCGCGCUUUGUCCCGCUUCAUCUCACCGUCACCGCCGCCGCGGGAUCACAGCCGGGAGAGACGUCGUCAUCGCCGCCGCCGCCGGUCCGUUCCGAACAUCGUACGACGACGAGCGCGCGUGAAUAUUUAAUUAUUUCUGUCGUCGCAUAUCAUAUACGAGGGAUCUCGUUUCCGCCGCAGCCUCUCCGCCGCUGCCGCCACAACCACCGUUUGUCAACAAAUGAAAAAGCUGUUUUCCGUGGAUUCUGACCAUGGAUUUCACGUCUAGUUCUUUGGAAACCAACGGCACGUACUUUGCAUGUGAAUCUAACCAAGUACCCGGCCGACGGACUCCUCUGAGCGCCGUUGGACUGGGAGGAUACUAUUUCCCGCAACCAUCAUCAGUGGCCUCCGACGAAAAUAGCCCGGGCCCGGCUUGUCAACCAUUCAAUAAUGGUUCUGACAACAGAAUACCUAACAAUGGUCAAGGCACUUCGACAAUGUCCGGUGCGGGAGGCAAGUCCAAGUCCAAGCAAGGCAAGUCCGUCAGGUUGAAUAUCAACGCUCGUGAGAGGAGAAGGAUGCACGACUUGAAUGAUGCGCUGGAUGAACUUAGAAGUGUCAUACCAUAUGCUCACUCGCCGUCCGUAAGGAAAUUGUCGAAAAUCGCUACGCUUUUAUUGGCAAAAAAUUACAUUUUAAUGCAAGCAAACGCUCUAGAAGAAUUAAGAAGACUGAUCACUUACAUACAGGCUCAAGGAACAAUGACAAUGCCACCAGGUUUUGAUCUACAGGCUUCGAUGUAUCCCAUUAAACCUUCAUUGGCUUCACCCAACGCUUCACCAGAUUCUCCACAGUCUUAAAAUGUUACACUAAUGACCGCUUUUAUAACAAAAAAUAUAAAAAUAUAAUAUGAUAAUAUACUAAAAUGUAAACAAUAUUAAUGAGUGGACUACUAACACUUCUAAGCAAACAACACGUCGCUAAGUUUUACAAUGUGAUUUUCAUAAAUUAUUAUUAAUACAUAAUAAUAUAUUAUAUACAUUACACACACAAUAAUAAUAUUAUUAUAUAUUAAAUUAUAUUAUCAUAGUUGUUAUAAAUACAAAUCGAUUUUAUAUUUUUGACCUGUCUGUAUGAAGUAGACGGACAUUUGAAAAACAUAAUAUUUUGUACAUGAAUGCACAUCUUUGUAACAUAAUAUACUUACAUUAAGCAUAAUGAUUUUGUGUUCAAAUAUUCAGACUAAUUAUUAUUGUUAGCCUCUUUUCAAUGAAUAAAUUAUAAUUUAGAGUACCAAUAUUUCCCACACUAUAACUCAUGUAUCAUUUCUAUUAAAUAAUUGCUUGCGUAUUCUUUACAUAUAAUGGUAGGUAAAACUAAAUUCGUGUAAAUAAUGAUUGAUGGCUUAUUAAGUUAAAAAUGUAUUUUAUUUUAAUUAGCACCUAAAUAGUUUCUACUUUAUAAUAUGUAUUAAUUUAGCUAUACGUACUGCCAUGCAUACGAUAAACUAUUAUUUAGUUUAUAGAUAGGAAAAUCUAGUCACUUAAAGUACUUAUAAUAUAAUAUUAAUGCUAUAAUUUAUCAUUUAAAUAUUUCAUAAUUAUAUUGAUACAUUUUAAUACAAUUACUGACUAGACUCAUAUUGUAAUAGGAAUAAUAAAUUAAAACAUGUAUUUUUUAAUCUUUAUCAUAUCCAAUUCUUAAACAUAAUAUUAUUUUAUCAAUUAUUGUAUACAAUAAAAAUGCAUUUGUCUCA